AUGUGCGGCAUCGGUAGUAAUUUGAUGUCUCUUGCAUUGCUCGACAAGUUUCGAUCAGCGGAUUUUGUUGGUAGAGAUGUCGACGAGAUGAGUGUGCUUGCAGCACAGAGCAAUUUCGCUUCUUUGGGGUUGGACGCCACUUUUGAAAUGGGAUGCUCCGAAGACCUCCCCUUUGACGAUAACUCCGUUGCCAUGGUUGUAUGUGAGCCUCCUUGGGGACUCCGUCAUUUAAAGCAUAGCGAUAUGGGGAGUAGACUGAAGGUUUGGGUGCUCGAAUGGAUGAGGGUCCUCAAGCCCGGCUGCCCUGCCAUCAUCAUUACCAUCUGCACCAACAGGAUCGAAUCUGAAGUGAUCCCUCUCGUGCGGCAGAAGUUCCCGGGAUCAGCUCUGGAUCGGAAGUGGGCUUACGAGAACUACGGGUUCGAGCAGUGCACCUGCUACAUGCUGCGCAAGGGAACGGGCCCGUGA